AUGAAUUGGGUUCGUGGUCAUUCACUUGGUAGUGGAAGCUUCGCCACCGUCUAUUUAGCCAAACAUCCUGAAGACUCGGUUACUUUUCCGCAGCUCACCGCCGUCAAAUCCAGCAAUCUUCACGACUCGUACUCUCUCCAAAACGAGAAACAAAUACUCGAUCGUUUAGGAUCAUCCCCACAUGUUAUCAAGUGUUUUGGCCAAGACAAAACUGUUGAAAACGAUGAAGAGUAUUACAAUAUUUUUCUAGAAUACGCUAGCGGUGGAACUCUCUCCGAUCAACUCGAGAAACAUGGUGGUAAGCUCCCGGAUAACCUCGUCCGCCGUUAUACGAGGUCGGUAGUUGAAGGACUCAAGUAUAUUCACAAAAAAGGGUUUGUUCAUUGUGAUUUGAAGUUGCCCAACAUUCUCGUAUUCGAGAACGGAAACAUUAAGAUUUCAGAUUUCGGGCUUGCGAAAGAGACAGGUGUAGAACAAGGUGAAAAGUGGCAACCGAGAGGAACUCCGAUGAUUAUGUCACCAGAAGCAGUGAAUGAUAGUGUGUAUGAAUCGUCAGCCGAUAUAUGGGCUCUUGGUUGCGCCGUCGUGGAGAUGAUUACCGGAGAACCCGCCGCAUGGAAUGAAUCAGAUAUGUUGAUGUUGACGAUUCGAAUUGGUGUUGGAGAAGAAUUGCCAAAAAUUCCAGAGGAAUUAUCACAAGAAGGAAAAGAUUUUUUAGAAAAGUGUUUCAUUAAGGAUCCUUUGAGAAGAUGGACAGCAGAUAUGCUCUUCAAACAUCCGUUUAUCUCCGAUGUUGAAACUGUUUCAGUUGUAAAUGAGUUAGUUGAUGAGUUGCCAUUGUCUUCACCUUCUCCAAAAACUUACUUCAAUAUGCUCAUUGUGUUUCUUCUACUCGUACGACAUUGCCUCCUAUUUCAAAUGAAUGGAGUGAAUAAAAAAUAA